AUUCCAUUCGUGAGUCGCAACAAACCUGCCGGUGCCUGUUUAUUGUCAACCGUGCUCCAAAAUAUUAGAUCCCCCGGCAGCCAACAAUCAUCCUCCCUCUAACACCAUAAAAAUGGCAUUCAACCUAUCGUCGAUGAAAGGAGCCCUGGAAGCCCUAGAAGACCCCAAAACCCCCGAAGAAUUCAAGAAUCAAGAGGUAUCUCUCGUGUUCUUCGACACAGAGACCACAGGACUGAAGCCCACCUCCGAGAUAAUUCAGAUAGCAGCUCGAUGUGGUGACAGUACCUACAACGAGUACAUAAUCCCAAACGAUGGUAUUCCAAAGUUCAUCACCGGAUUGACAGGAUUUUCCCUAGUGGAAAACAAAAUGUACAAUCGCAGCGGGGAACUGCUGAAGGCAGUGUCCAAAGAGACUGCUGUUGGGAAUUUCAUCAGGUACUUGACGUCGAUCGGUGGAAAGGUUAUUCUCAUCGCCCACAACUGCUUUAGAUUCGAUGCCCCAAUGCUCCUAACGUUGCUGAACGAAAGAGGAAUGGUUGAGGAGUUCAAGACGAUUGUCACUGGAUUCUCAGAUACACUUCCCCUGCUCCAGGAGUCUCUGCCAGGACGCAGGGAUCACGGGAAGGAUUACAAACUCGUGUCGCUAGCUACGGAGUUCCUGGGAGACUGCUGUGGAGCGCAUGAUGCCAUGAACGACGUCAUCAUGAUGCAGGAACUCGUAAAUCACCCGGAGAUCAAUAUUGAGGCUUCGGCUUUCGUUCAAAGCAGCAAAACAGUUGUCGAAAUGUUUGAGAACAUUAAAGUUCGUUUGAGAAGGGUGGAUAUUCAGAGGGAGUACCAGGGACUGAAGACCCAGGGGAAGAUUGGAAUCAGUGAUGAUCUGAUUGGAAGACUAACUUCGUCUGGAAUUGCAAUGGAGGACUUGACGAGUGCUAUGAGGAGUGGAGGCCCUGGCGCUGUCCAUGAGCUUCUCUGUGAGAAACUGAAAAGACCUACUAGGCUUAAUUAGAGACGAAGAAUAAAUUUAUAUUGAUGGGAUAUAAGUGAAUAUAUCUGUUGAGACGUAAAAUAUUUUAUGAGAAUAUUAUUGAAAUAUUGUUAAUUUUAUGAAACGUUUAGAAGAUCAAGUU